AUGGCCGCCAGUGGUGCGGAAGCGGCGGCGGCCAAUUCUAUCAAGCCCACGAAGCUGCAAUUUCUUUAUCAGAACUGCAGCAGCAAUGUGUACCAAGGGAGGUGGGUUCCGGACAGCACUAAUUACCCUCUCUACGACUCCUCGGCCUGCCCUUUCAUCCGGAGAGAGUUCGAUUGCCUCAAGUACGGGCGGCUGGACCAUCAGUACUUGCACUAUCGAUGGCAGCCUUCCGACCCCGGCUGUACUUUGCCCAGAUUCAAUGGGGUGGAGUUCUUGAGGAGGAUGAAAGGGAAGAAGAUAAUGUUCGUAGGGGACUCGUUGAGUAUGAAUCAGUACGAGUCCCUAUUGUGCAUGCUUCAUGCAGCUGCUCCCAAUUCCAACAUCACCCGUCUUGCCCAACCUUUUCCAACCGUCAUGUUCCAGGAUUAUGGAGUGUCAAUAAUGUUGUUCACAAGCCAUUAUUUGGUAGACAUCCAGCAGGACAAGAUAGGUCGUCGUGUCUUAAAUCUUGGUUCAGUAAGCAGUGGCAAUCUUUGGAAGCAAAUGGAUGUACUGAUUUUCAACACAUGGCUUUGGUGGUACAGGAAAGGUCCUAAGCAAGGAUGGAAUUACAUUCGAGAUGGGAAGAUCAUAUCUAAGGACAUGAACAGAAUGACGGCCUUCACAAAAGCCUUGCGAACAUGGGCAAAAUGGGUUGAUUCAAGCGUAGAUACAAGGAAAACAAGUGUAUUCUUUCAAGGCGUUUCUCCUGCUCACUACAAUGGGGCCGCUUGGGGGAGGCCAGGAGUGAGAGAUUGUUCUAAUGAGACAAAACCAAUAGCAGGAGGAUUAACCCAGUCCGUGGUCCCAUUGGCGUUAAAAGUUCAACAAGACAUCAUAGGAAGCAUAAGGAAACCGGUUCAUUUCCUGAAUAUAACUGCAAUGUCAUACAUGAGAAAAGAUGGACACCCAGCGUCGCACAAUGGCCUCGGGGGCAUGGACUGCACGCACUGGUGCGUUGCUGGUGUCCCUGAUACUUGGAAUCAUAUCCUCUCAACGAUCCUCAUUCAUUCAGGAAAAAGAGGGAAAGAAAGCAAGACACUACCACGGCAAACUCUUGCACAUAAAUAAUCAGGGUUGGAUCCAUCCAAUACAAAACCAAACAGGG